ACAGUGGUAGAGACCGACCGCUUCAUUAACUGUAGACGGGAGCUUCUUGCUGUUUUUCGCGUCGCGUAUUUAGCAAUGAUGAAGAUUGGUAAAGGGUUAACUGUGAUGUCAGUUGCAGAGGCAGGGACUGCUACACACUGAAAGCAGUUUCCACCCAGCUUUAAAUACAACGCCAACACAGACAACAGCGAACAGUGUGUAAACGGCAGAGUCAAAAUACAUGGGCGAAGAGCAGCGAACAUCAACCGGAUUCAGCAGCGUACGACGAUCUACUAAGUGCAUUUGAAUGGCUGUCACAUCCUAACGCGUCUGCCGCAUCCCACGUAUAGUAAGACCAUGAACUACGUGGGUCAGCUGGCCGGUCAGGUUUUUGUGCAGGUGAAGGAGCUGUACAGAGGCCUGAACCCUGCCACCCUUUCCGGCUGUAUUGAUGUCAUUGUGGUGCGUCAGCCCGACGGCACUCUGCAGUGCUCGCCUUUUCACGUCCGUUUCGGCAAGAUGGGAGUGCUGCGCUCACGGGAGAAAGUGGUUGACAUUGAGAUAAAUGGGGAGCCGGUCAGUUUACACAUGAAACUGGGUGAAAAUGGAGAGGCAUUCUUUGUCACAGAAACAGAAAGUGGUGAGGAGAUGGUGCCGUCCCAUUUGGCUACAUCACCCAUAAUUUCAGAAGGCUCUGCCCUAAUGCAGGCCCAAAUGGGAAAAGGCUUGUCCCGUCUUUCUGAGUCCUCCAUUCAAACCUCCAUUCAAACCCUAGGCCCCAUGCAGGCCCCUGUUGACAGUUCAAUAAUGAAGAAGAGGAGGAAGAGGAGGAGAAAAUCUAAAGUAGACAGCAAGAAGCGAGAGGACAACGAAGAAUUUUCAGAAGAUGAGGACAUGUUUACUAUCGACAUGAGUUCUGAUGAUGACGCAGAGGCUUCAGGCAGUAGAGCCAUGUCACAUGAGCUGUUUGUUGAGCAGGUGAAAGGAACCAGCAGCACAUACACACAGUCUGAAGGAAAGUGGACUGGUGUUCAAAGUACAGGGUUGGAGAAGACAUGCUCUUUACCCAUUCCCACCAAUGCAGGAUUAUCCAUUUCUUGCCCUCAACAUAUAGCCAUGUUCCAGUCCACACACAGUCCAAAUAGCUCCCUGCCAUCUACACCCAAGAGUGAUUCAGAGUUGCUAGACAGUCAGAGGGGUAAAGGGAAACUGGACAACCCUGAGAUGUUGUGGACAUGGGGAGAGCUACCUCAUGCUGCCAAGCCUUCAUUCCUUCAGCCCCUGUCAGAGCCCAUGGUGGUGAACCCAAGAUCGAUCCCACCAUCUGAAAGCACGCACUUCAGAGCCAUCACUGGGGAUGGAAAGUCUCAUAGCAUUGAUGUGUAUGUGCCUGAUCUCAGGGCUGGAGAGGCAACAUCUCCCCCUGCUGUAGAUGUAGAGGCCACCAGUGCAGCCGCCCAUCUUAUCACUGACCUAAUGCAGGGGUGUCACAGUCCUGGGGCUCAUGCCAUUAGCAAGAUGGACUCUCCAUCCAAGAAAAAAGACAAAAGGAGCCGGCACUUGGGAUCAGAUGGAAUAUACCUGGAUGACAUUACAGAGUUGGAGCCUGAGGUGGCUGCCCUGUACUUUCCAAAGAGUGAUGGAACAACUUCUGUGAAGGGUGGAGCAGAUCUGAGAAGUGCAAAUCAGUCCCCUCAGUCAGUGGGCAGCAGUGGGAUGGACAGUGGGGUGGACAGCUUUUCUGACCAGUUAGGAGACCUGCCUCAUAUUGCCAUCUCUCUAUGUGGAGGACUGUCAGAAAACAGAGAGAUCACUAGAGAGGAAUUUGAGGAACGAGCAAUAUCUUAUCAGGAGUUUGCAGAUAAUCCAUCUAUCAUUGAUGAUCCCAACCUGGUUGUAAAGAUUGGAACUAAGUAUUAUAACUGGACCACAGCUGCUCCUAUCGUACUGGCUGUGCAGGUUUUUCAGAAACCCUUGCCAAAGUAUUCCUGUCUGAGUUACGUCUACUCUGCUCUUGGUUUCUUCACAUACUGUUUUCCUAGCGUGUUCGGCUCUAGUCCUGCCACAGUAGAGAACAUCAUGAAGGAGAAGAUGCCCAAGAAAGGAGGACGCUGGUGGUUCUCAUGGCGGGGCAGAAACGACAGCUCCAAAUCGGAAUCAGCAUCAGACCAGAUUGAAGGUGGAGAGGAGUCUAUAAGAACAGGAACUGUGAGCAGAUUAAAGGAUGAAUCAUCAUCCAGUGAAGAUGACAGUGGAAGUGCUAAACAGAACACUGGGAGCAAACAGCCUGAAGUUACCCACAGCUCUGGCCAUUGCUACAGGAAGACUCUUCGCUUGUCCCCAGAACAGCUCGCCAGUCUGCACUUAAAAGAUGGCCCCAAUGAUGUGGUCUUCAGCGUGACUACCCAAUACCAGGGCACCUGCCGCUGUGAGGGUACCAUUUAUCUGUGGAACUGGGAUGACAAGAUAGUGAUUUCAGAUAUUGAUGGCACCAUCACAAGGUCUGAUACCCUGGGACACAUAUUACCAACUCUGGGUAAAGACUGGACCCAUCAGGGUAUCGCCCGACUCUACCACAAAGUCAGCCAGAACGGCUACAAAUUUAUGUACUGUUCAGCUCGGGCUAUUGGCAUGGCUGACAUGACCCGAGGUUACCUGCACUGGGUUAAUGAAAGAGGCACUAUGCUACCCUUGGGACCUGUGCUGCUUAGUCCUAGUAGUCUGUUCUCUGCAUUUCACAGGGAGGUCAUUGAGAAGAAGCCAGAAAAGUUUAAAAUCGAAUGUCUGACCGAUAUAAAAAAUCUGUUCUAUCCAAACACAGAACCCUUCUAUGCUGCUUUUGGAAACAGGGCAACAGAUGUUUAUUCAUAUAAAGAGGUGGGAGUGCCUUUGAACAGAAUAUUCACUGUGAAUCCUAAGGGAGAGCUCAUCCAAGAACACGCAAAGACCAACAUAUCAUCCUAUGGCCGUCUAUGUGAGGUCGUAGAUCAUGUCUUCCCUCUUCUGAUCAGAGGGAACACCACCGACUUUCCCUGUUCAGACACCUUUAGCCAGUUCACCUUCUGGAGAGAGCAGUUACCAGAGGUAGAAAAGCAAGAGAAACAUUCUGAGAGCAGCUAAAAGGACAUAAAGCGAACAUCACCUAACGCUAGCCUGACUUUGUCAUACUCGUAUUCUUCUAGUCAGAAUGUGAGUCUGAUACUACUGUGUCUUAACCGAACCAGCAAAAAACAAAAACAAAUUCUGCACUCAAUUGGAUAGACCUACAACCAAUCAGAGCAACGCAGUAAGUGACGUAUGAACUCAACUGCACACACGCUGGAAGGAGGAGUAAAAUAAUGAGUGUUGCUUCUUUUACUUGGUCCUCCAUGAGUGCGACCAAAGGAGAAACCACAACGACCACAGGGUUUUCAUUGCGUCCCAUCUUCUUAGUGACCAUCGGAGCCUUCCUACGAAUUCCGUAGGAAGGACGGCAAACACAUCUUUCCGAUUGACAAAUGCCUUGAUUGCAGUUCUCUGUUCGUCUUUUAUUAAUGCGCUGUCGAUUUCUUUUACAAAAGACGCAAUAGCGGAAUCUCAGUUCUCCAGGUGCAGUCACCUUUGAGGGAAACCUGUUCAACCCAAUCGCUCUUUGAUAACGUAAUGAUUACGUAACUGCAGAUCAUCCGUCCAUCUUCGUAUAAAGCCCACCCUGGCAAUUUGAUUGGCCUGACGAUUUCUGAACCGAUCACAAUUACUCCUCAAUAGAUCGAGUCCAGACCGAACUUCCCGACCAAAAAAUGUUGUGGGCGGGGUUCGGGCUGGCAUCCAGGCUACUCUCGCUGCACUGCCAUAGGUAUUACUCUACGCACAAGCAACUUAGCACUUUGCAGACCGCAUGCCGCCCUCUGCCUGUUCCUUUAUUAUUAUUUUACUCUUUUAACAAACAUUUAACAUUUCUGUGUGUUUUAAUGUUUUGUUUAACUGCCAAUAGGCUAAAUCCGGUAGCAUAUCACGCAGCUCAUAUUAGGGAAUUCGUUUAUUGAUGAUGGUACUGAUAUUUUAAAGUGCCAAACGCAUUAUUCAUAACCAAGUUUUCCAUUGGCUUGGUCCAAGGUUGUAAAGAUGUAUAAGGGAAUACAAUUAUUUUAGUACAUAGUAUAAAAUGUUUUUGAGCAUGUCAUAAAACAUACUGAGGCCCAGUUUACACGAUGGGAAAACGCAGAUAUUUCUCUGCGUUUUGCCCUCUCAUUUACACGAAAACGCCAUUUUUAUCACUGAAAACUAUUAUUUCUAAAAACUCCGGGCAAAGUGGAGAUUUCUGAAAAAGCCGGUUAUGUGUUGCCGUGUGAACUGGUAAAAACAGCGUUUUAGGUUCUCUCUUGUCGAUUCUGAGGAUUCUGAUUGGCUUGCAUGGCUUUAUCCUUAACUCCUAUGUUGCC